AAUACAUACACACAUUUUAUAUUACAUAUAUACAUUUUACAUUUUAUCAGAAGAGAAGUUUAAUGUUAGAUUAAAUCUAAUAUUAAACAACAUAAUGUUUAGAUUACAAAUAUGAUAUACAACAUUGUAGGAAAAUUACAUUAUUCAAGCGUUAGUGCUAUAACUACACGCGCUACUGUUAGAUGGUUAUCAACGUCAGGAUCUGUCACAGCUGCAGCUUAUAAAGACACCAAGAACACAGCCAAUGCUCAAACAAUUACAGAUAAGGUCUUUGUAAAGGAUAUUGGGGAUAAUGGCGUGAUAGUUUUAAAUCGACCUGAUGUGUUGAACGCCUUAAAUUUGUCCAUGGUCCAAAAGAUACAUUCCGCUCUCAAGCAAUGGGAAUCUUCGAAAAAGCUGAUAAUAAUAGAAAGUACAGGUGAUAAAGCGUUUUGCGCGGGUAAUGACCUCAAAACGUACGCCUUUGCAUUGACUGGACCAAAAGGGGAGCUUCAUAAGGAAUGGAUUAAAGAAUUUGUCAGAAUGGAGUACACCUUAAUUUAUUUUAUCGCAACAUAUAAGAAGCCUUACGUUGCUAUCAUCAAUGGGAUAACAAUGGGAGGUGGUGCUGAACUAUCCGUACACGGCAAAUACAGAAUUGCCACGGAGAAAACUCUCUUUGCUAUGCCAGAAACGGCAAUAAGACUGUUUCCCGAUGUCGGUGCAACUUAUUUUUUGUCUAGAUUAAAAGGCAGAUUAGGUAUCUAUUAGCUAGGCCUGACGGGGCACAGAUUGAAAGGUAUGAAACAAUACGUAGACAAACCGACUAGAAUCACUAAAAAUAGUCAAACUUUAAUAGAUUUAGUUUUUGCAAAUACUAAGGUGAACUGCAAAGUAUAUGAUAAGCCAAAGAUAACCGAUCAUUCAUGGUUAAGCGUGGAACUUAACACAAGUAAUAAUAAUGAAAAAUACAAAGAAUUUAUUAGUAGGGACUAUAGCAAAUUUAGUAUAGAUGAAUUUUUAUAUGCAGUAGAGGAGAGAUUAGAACGACCAAAUAAUUUAGGGGAUAAUUUAGGGGUUAAUUUAGGGGUUAAUGAAAGAGCAGAGAAAUUUGUUCAAAAUAUGGUAGCGGCAUUAGAUACUGUAGCACCAAAGAAAAGGUUUAAAAUUCCAAAGAUAUGGGAAGGAAAAAAAUGGUUUUCGGAUGACAUAAGAAUAGCUACAAGGAAAAGGGAUGAAGCAUACGAGAGGGCGAAAUAUACGUGCAAUGAACAAGACUGGCUGCAAUUUAAACGUGAUAGAAAUGCCGUAGUGAAGAUAAUUAAAAAGAAAAAGAAAGAGUAUUACGAAAACAUGAUAGAUAAUAAUAAAAAUGAUCCUGUAAGAAUGUGGAAAACUUUAAAAAAAGUCAUAAGAGGAGAGACAACGGGUACAAAAGUAAUUGAUAAGCAUCGAGCCGCCUUUUUCUUCACGAUUGUGAGAAUCGAUCCGAAUGUGAACUCCAUUCUUACAAAUCGAAAGCUUGGACUCACCACGAUGACGGAGGAUAUUAAAUUUCAUUUCUACGCGAUCGCUGAGGAAGGAGCGGAUAAAAAGACGACUGUAUACAAGUUGAAAUGGCUCAAACCAGUAGAUACGAAACUAUACUACGAAUUACCCGUAGAAUUACAAAAUCUAAGCAACCAUCCUGAGAUCUACGCAAUACAGAAGGUAAAGAACGUUCUAUCUGCAAUUAAAACCCGCGGAGCUUACCGUACUUUUACGCUCACAUUACCACCGGAGAUAGUAGCAUUAUACACCGACGACGAUGGAGAUAUAGUAUAUAAAGGGAGUUACUUAAAAGCAACUACGACACCUGAAUACGAUAUAAAGACCACAAAAAAAGGAAAGGAAGAGGACAUAUCCACACUUUUGCAACAAAUAGUGUCCGCUACAAAGAAAGAAACAUCAUCAGAAUCAACAUCAAGAAAGAAUCUAAAGAAAAUACGUGAAGACUUCGUACUAGAAAAUUUCGAUGGAAAAAACUUUCCGAUAGCAAGCUGGUUUCAAACGUUUGAAAAAGAAUGUGCGCGAUGCCAGAUUACAUCAAACGAAGAUAAAAUUCUAAUAUUGCGUUUAUUCUUGAGUGGGACAGCUAAAGAUUGGUUUUCUUCGAAAAUAAUUACAAUAGGUUUAGAUGUAGACUUUGAGACAUGGAAAAAAACAUUUCUAGAUAGUUUCCGAGAAACAGGUUGGCACAAACAUAGAGAAGCAUAUUCUUUUCGGUAUAUUGGUGGUAGUUUAGUAGACUAUGCUUUACGAAAAGAGAACUUUUUAGUCAACAUUCGAAAUAAUUUUCCAAUAGACAUACUAAUCGAUUUAAUUGUAACAGAUCUACCAAUAAUGAUACAGGAUAGGAUCGAAAAAACAAAGGUUACAUCAAUGGAGGAUCUAUUAACGGAGUUGCGGAAACUAGAGAGUUUAGCACAAAGAAGAAAAACAUUUUCUAACGCAAACGCUUUUAAAAACACUGAGCAGCCCACUGUAAAACACAAUCCAGGAACUUCAAAUUCAAAUCAAAAGAACCAAACACAAUCAUCCACUAGUACAAAUGCAGAAAGAAAACCUUGCUCAUAUUGCGAUAAGAAAGGUUUUCCAGGAAGAUUUCACCCGGAGGCACUAUGCAGGUUAAAACAGAAAGAACAGAUGGAACAACCGAAAAAUAUCAAGACUGUGAAUAAUGCCGCAGUUCAAAAUACAUUGAACGAAUCCAUAACCGACCAAAAAAACUAG